AUCACAUGAAGGGGCUGCGGGCGCCCGCCCUGAAGUGCAGGCUGGAGGGCAGUCCAGUCCUAGGCUCCUCUGGACAAAAAAACCACCCCGACAGGUGUUUGGAGCAGGAUCACCACACUGUUCUGGGGCAGGAGUGUGUGAUGUGUGAGGAGAGGCUGAGAGCUGGGUGUCUGCAGCCGUGGGAGUAGGAGUCAGCUGUGUGUCACUGUUUGCAGUUUGAAAGUUAAACUAUACUGCUCACCAGUAACUAAGGAAUUGCUGUUGUCUAACUGGAAAUACAAGUUUUGGGAAAAUCAUAUUGUGAGUUUGUGUUUAUUUUUAAAUUAACGUUUUCCAAGCAGUGAUUCUAGGAAAGAAGAAGCUUCUGCUCCUCAGAAAUGCCUAAAUGUUGGUGUCGAUACAAUGUUUCAGGUCUUAAGUAUUUCCAACAAUGUGUCUUUUCUACCGCUUGCUGUGUGGGAUUGGUUUAUUGAUGUUUAAUUAUUAUUCCCUUCACAUGACUUUUUCCUUUCCUCUCACCCUCAGCUUUACAUGGCCAUCAUCUUUACACUGAUCAUUUGUAUCUCUGUAUUCAUUUCCUUACCCGGCUCAUGUGUUUUUGCUCCUGUCCUUAAUUAAUUUCUCUUUUGCUUAAUUUAAAAUCUCUUACUGCUUGGAGAAUAUAUAACCUGUAGUUAUAUUAUUUUCCUUUUGCUUUUUGGAAAAUGGACUAUCUCUAACAUGAAAAAGUUUUAAUGAUGUAAAGUCACUGAAGAACUAAAUCAGUUUACAUGAUUUCCACUGUUUGGAGCCAAACUUCAAGGGAUCAGUGUCAUGUACAGGUUGCACUGGAAGUUGAAACUCCAACUCAGAUUUCUUUAGUAGAUGAAACAUCUGGUGAGAAAGAAGAUGUAGUGGUGACACUUCUGCCAGCUGGUCACUGUCCGGGUUCAGUCAUGUUUCUGUUUGAAGGUGAGAAUGGCACUGUGCUGUACACAGGGGAUUUCAGGCUUGCAAAGGGAGAAGCAGCCAGAAUGGAGCUUUUGCAUUCAGGGACCAGAGUAAAAGACAUCCAGAGUGUGUAUUUGGACACUACUUUUUGUGAUCCCAAAUUUUAUCACAUACCAAGCCGGGAGGAAUGUUUAAAUGGGAUCUUGGAGUUAGUGCGAAGCUGGACCUCACUGUCCCGCUGUCAUGUUGUGUGGCUGAACUGCAAAGCUGCUUAUGGAUAUGAAUAUUUAUUCGUAAACCUAAGUGAGGAACUCGGAAUCAAGGUGCACACAAACAAACCUGAUAUGUUCAGGAACAUGCCAGAAAUCCUGUGCCAUCUUACUACAGACCGACACACUCAGAUCCAUGCCUGUCGACAUCCUUGGGAUGAUGACUGCUUCCGAGGGAACAGACUGCCCUGUGGGCUGACUUGCCAAAAUGGAACUCCUUUGCACAUAAUCAGCAUCAAACCCUCCACUAUAUGGUUUGGGGAAAGGAUCAAGAAAACCAAUGUAAUCGUGAGGACUGGGGAAAGAACGUACAGAGCUUGUUUCUCUUUCCACUCUUCAUACAGCGAGAUUAAGGAUUUCCUGAGCUAUAUCUGUCCUGUGAAUGUGUAUCCCAACGUACUGCCACUGGGUGGGACAGAGGAGAAAGUAAUGGAAAUAUUAAAGCCAUUAUGCAGGUCAUACAGGAGAAAUAUGGAACCCAGGUACAAGCCCUUAGGAACACUGAAGAGAGUCCACAAGAGAGAAUUAUCUGAUACAGAUGAAGAUGAUCUCUUUGAUUCAGAAUUAACUUCUGCAAGGCCUAAGAUUCCAAAACAGCAGACAGGUGAGAGCAGGCCAUCCAGCACAGGACAGUCUGAAAAUGCUGAAGGAAAUAUUAAUGAGAGCACAGAAGGUUACAAAGCAACCACAACUUACACCUCCCUCCAGGUAGAUUUUGUGGACUGUGAGGAAUCAAAUGAUGAUGAUGAUGAUGAUGAUGAAAAUGACGAAGAAGAAUCUGAAAAAAAUACAGUUCAAGUUCUUUCCCAUGAGCCAGAUGCCACUUCCACAACAAAUUUCAGUGGAGUAACUAGUGACCAACAGGACCCUAAUGCUGAUGUCCCUCGCUGGGAUGAAUUCUUUAUGUGUAAUAAGUUAGAGGAAAGCUCUGAAAAUGAGGACAACAUCCCAUCUUCGGCAGAUGCUGGUGGGUCCCAGUCGCUCUUCAGCGACUCAGAUGGAGUAAGUGACUCAACACACAUCUCCUCCCAAAAUUCUUCUCAGUCAACACACAUAUCAGAGCAGGGGAGCCAGGGCUGGGACAGCCAAAUGGACACAGUGCUUAUCACCUCCCAGGAACGAAGUGCCCUGGACUUCAGCAAAGGUGGGAGCAGAGCAGUUGUUCCUGUGCUGCAGGAGACUGCCGGGGGCAGUCAGCCAGAGAGUAGCAGGGGGAAGCCACCAGGGCAGAGCAGACCCUGUGUCUACGAUGGCACCUGUGACUUGAAAAGCAAGGGCUGUGAGAAAGCUGCAGAGACUGGCACUGCUUGUGUUCAGGAUGCGCUGGUGGAACUAAGUGACAGCUCGAGGACUCCUGACCUGGAGCUGAGGAGGGACUCCCAGAGCUCCUCUGACUUCGAAAUUCCCUUGACUCCUGGUGCUGAAGUGCCUCAGCCAGAUAAACUGCACCAUUUAUACGAGAAGCUUGCAGCAGGGGAAAACAUACUCAGUGAGAAAAAAGUCUCCUGAGGACAGAUAUAACUGUGGUGAUACCCAAAAUGUUUAUUAAUACCCGAAUUCUUUUUCUCUUUAAUGCCAAUUACUAUAAGCAGCUAUGCUGACCCAUGCAAUUUUUUUUUUUUUUUCAGAAAUAUCUUACUGUCAGAACUAGGAAUUUGUAGCCUGUGUAACUUUAUUGUUCCUUCUAUGAAAUACUGGAAAUGAAGUAUUUCUAGGAGGGACUGUAAAAGCAUUCUACCUCCCGAGGUUCAUUUCUCCAGGACUAUAAGUAGACAAAAAGUGGACCAGACAAAAGUAAGCACAGAACACUAAAUGAAAUUUAGUGUUUAUCAUGAGCUCUAAGAGUUUGCCUUCGUAAUGUGAUCUCAGGUUUUAAUAAAAUACCACAGCUAACUGUGGGGAGGAACACAUAGGAAUGACCAUGUAAACAAGGUAGUAUUAUCAUUUUUAUCACUAUUUAAUUAGUAUUCACUGCAGUUAUUUUUAAAAACAACUGCAGAACAGAUUAGAGAAUUACUGAGAAUGUGAGGGGUUUUUAAUUUGUUGUUAAAUCAAAUUGUUCAAGAAGUCUCUCUUUACACUGAGCAAGUGGUGUCAUCUGAUUUUUAACUCCUGAGUGAGGUAUUGCACACUGUUGUCUAUGCUUUAACUCCAACUCGUUGCAUACAACUUGUCAUCAGUUCCUCCAUGUUUUGGUUUGUUCUGAAUUGUUUUUCAGAAAAACUUUAAAUCUUGUGGUUCCCAAGCCACCAGCCAUGGCCUGCUCUGGCAACAGAAGGUAACCUGUUAUCCCAGACAGGUGGUUGCAUUACUUGAGGCUCCUGUACUACAAAAUUUCACUUCCUCUGCAACAUUCUGUAGACUUCACUGAAUUCUUUUUCAAAUCAAGACAAUAUAUUCUCUAUAAAUGUGUGCCAUCAUAACUCUUUCUGCCAAAAUUCUUAGGUUCUACCAUGGAAAUGUAAUUGAGGUUUUAGUUAAACUGCAGUGCCUAUAAAAUAAACCACAGAAGUCAUCUGAAAAUCCCUGAGGUUUCCUAUCCAUGUGGUCUUAAAUGCCAAAGAAUUAAACAGACCUUUAACACAAGAUCUCUCCCUUCCAAGUGUGCCUUGAGUCUUUGUGUCAUGUUUAGUGAUAUGUGAAUGUUAAACCAGCCACCAUUCUGACACUGGGAACAGGGGCAGGAGGGGACAAAGCAUUGCUCUGAUCUACAUAUGAUUUUAAGGAUAUUCAAGAUCCAUAUAUUUCUUCACUGUCACCUUGUCCAGUGUUUGUGGGAUUUGUUAAUGUAAUUUCCAAAUGUGAUUUAUCAACUUUUGGAUUUUUUUAGCAAGCCUGAAUAGAACUGCUGUUAUAACUACUUAUGUGAAUAAAGUCAGACAGAGCAGAA